GUGUGGGCAGCUCGGUGCGCACCGCCCAGCCCGCCCCUCCGCUCGCCGCAGCCCCGGCUCCUCCCUCGCCCGGCCCCCGGGGCGGGGUCUGCUGGCUCGCCCUCCCCUCGCCGCCUCAGCCUUCCCUCCAGUAAACGGGUCCCCUCCCCGCAAGCACCACGGCUUCUUCUUCUCAGCUCAGCGACAGGGGCUUCCCCUCUGCCUCCGCCGCCGCUGGCAGAGCAGCGCCGCGCCCGCGGCCGGCUGCCGCCAUGCAGUUUAUGUUGCUUUUUAGUCGUCAGGGAAAGCUUCGGCUGCAGAAAUGGUAUGUCCCACUAUCAGACAAAGAGAAGAAAAAGAUCACAAGAGAACUUGUUCAAACCGUUUUAGCACGGAAGCCUAAAAUGUGCAGCUUUCUUGAGUGGCGAGAUCUGAAGAUUGUUUACAAGAGAUACGCUAGUCUGUAUUUUUGCUGUGCUAUUGAGGAUCAGGACAAUGAGCUAAUUACCCUGGAAAUAAUUCAUCGUUACGUGGAAUUACUUGACAAGUAUUUUGGCAGUGUGUGUGAGCUUGAUAUCAUCUUUAAUUUCGAGAAGGCUUAUUUUAUUUUGGAUGAGUUUCUUUUGGGAGGGGAAGUUCAGGAAACAUCUAAGAAAAAUGUCCUUAAGGCAAUCGAGCAGGCCGAUCUGCUGCAGGAGUUUCAGGAGGUUCUUGGCGUCUCUAGAAAUCCAUCUCCGGACACUCUAAGCCACGUCAUGAAUAUUUUAAUGUCCCAGUGUACUAAAUGACUACUCGACGUGUAUGCAGACUCUUACAGAGGAAAUAGAGAGCUGAUAUACUUAUGAAAGAAAAUAUCCUCAGCUUGGUGACCAUCUUAUAAUAGAAUGUUUCAAAUCAACACCUUUACAAUUGUAACUUUGUUCCUCUUUUCUGUUUUAUUUUCAUUCUUUAUGUGAUCUUGAUGUAGCUUAUUCCUGCUUGCAGCUGGUUUAAUUUCUUCUUGAAAAAAAAUGUGACCUAUGAAUGUUUUAGUAAUAUUUCAUCUUAAACACAUCCAUGUCAUUUGUGAGCCAUUUGUGAUUAAUCUUGUUAAGAAGAAAACCUAGCAAUCACUACAAUGUUUACCAAAGAAAAUACAGCUGAAAUGCUAGGUCCAAAUAAUCAGUGCCAUAAUACAUAGUGUGGCUUGGUGUUCAAAUGUUGAAAAAAAACCCUAUAUUUAGUGUAACUGUAUUACAGUCUAUAUGAGCUAAUGUGUUUAAUGUAUCACAUAAAAGUAUUCAGAAAUACAAGAAAGUAAAAUCUAUACUGUGACAUAAUUUAAGGUAAAACAGUUUUUAAGAAAUUUGUAAUGCCACAUUUAUUGAAGAUCAAACAAUCCCUUUAAAAACUAAACAGAAAGCUAUGUCAGAAAAUCUGAUCUGCAAUAUCUAUUUAAUAGCAAGUAACCCUUUCAGAGCAUUAAUACUAAGUAUAGUCAAAUUUGAAUAUUCAGUUUAAAUACUUAUAUUUGAAUAGUUAUGGUUUUAUCAUUUAGUCUUCAUUUAAAAUUCUUACAAUUUAUUAACUAUGGUUUUAUGUUUCUUAAUAUUGAUCAUUAUUGUUUAUACUUUCAAUAAAACAUGCAACAUACUUUAUUACAAAAAGAAAGUACCAAAUAAUUCAUUGUUUAUACCUAGAGAGUUCAAAGCCUGAGUUAAGUAAGCUAUCAUUAAACAGUAAAUUCAAAAGAUGCUCAAACUGGUUUACCACUAAAGGAAGACCAUGAAAAUGUGUAUCAGGCAGGCAUGCAGAUCAGUUCUUAUCAUUACCAUGGCACCUAGAUGGGCUAUCAAAUGAGAAAUUUAGCAUUACACAUUGAAAGCACUGGGAAACAUUGGUCUUUCAUUUCCAUUUUCCCCUCCAUCCCACCCUGCAAUGUAUUAUUUAUCUGGUUUUAAUGAUGCAUAAAUAUGCAUUGUCUCAUGCCUGUUUGCUCUGGAUGUUGUGUGCUGAGCUAUAACAAUAUGUUGCUUCUUUUGUUUUUUGUAUACAGCGGCUUGCUUUAAAUUAGUAGAUUCUGAAAUAGCUUUCCUUGCAUGUCUAAAAUAAAAGUAUUGCAUGUACUUUGUCUCAUGUGAAUGACUUUUUUCUUCUCCAUUCCUUUUGAUAAUGUAUUUUACAUUUGUUUUUCCAGCUAAUUUCUUUUAAUUGUGGUAAAAAAAUAAAACACGUAACAGAAUUUACCAGCUUAACCAUUGUUAAGUAUACAGUUCAGUAAUGUUAAGCAUAUUUACAUUGUUGUGAUAGAUCUCCAGAAAUUUUUCAUUUUGCAUAACUGAAACUCUGUACCCAUUAAACAACUCCUCAUUUCCCUCUCCCCCCAAACUUUGGUAACCACCAUUCUACUUCUAGGUUUUUAUGAAUUUGACUCUUCAGCAAUAAUUUUUCUCGGUAAUUCUGAGCUACAAUUUCAAUGUGAACAUGUGAAAAUUAUAUUUUUUUAUUCUAAACACAAUUUGAAAGAAACUCUAAUAUACUACCUGUACAAAUCUCAAAGGAAUAAAAUAUGCAAAUAAUUCUUUGAAUCUAGGCCCUUUAGAAAGGACAAAUAUUUUAUGUAUAUUUGAUAUGCAACAUGGUUCUCAUUGGGAAAUGCUAUAUAAGAUUGCAGGCAGUGAGCACACAGGGGAAAUCUGGCCAGCUCCAGGGAAUUAGGAUGAGGGACAUUUUUACAUGGGUAACUACAGAACUGAAUGUAGGCACCCUUUUAAUUAAUACAUUAAAAUGGUUGUAUGACACUAAAAAUUAUUUAAUGUUAAAUGAAAAUUAUUAUUUUUAAAUUGUUUCAUUUUACUGUGUAUGUGAUUCAGUGCAUUUUAUGUUUAAUGCUAAAUAUUAAAAAUGAAAGAGAUUGGCUUAUAUCACUCUUUGGGAGUGUUACAUAAUUUCCAUUGGAUUUUCUUUAAAAGCUAUAUCAUGAAAGUUGAGACAUGCAAAUAGAAUAGUACUAGGAACCCUCAUGUACACAUUGCUCAACUUCAAUAACCAUCAGCAGAAUACUCUGAUUACUUAUUUCAUCAGCCACCACCACCCCAUUUUGCCUCAGUAUUUUAGAGCAAGCCCUAGACAUCUAAUCUUUGAAACUAAAGUAUGUAUCCCUAAAAGAUAAGUACCACACCCCAUAAGAUUAAAGGUAAUUCCUAAUAUCUUAUUCCUGGUUCAUUUUUUCCCAAUUAUCUGAAAAACAAGCUGCCCGCUUAGCUCAGCAGGUAUUGUGUCAAUCUCAUAAUCUGAAAAAUGUAUUUUUAUAAUUGGUUUGUUAGAACCAGAUUCCAACAAGGCCCACAUUGUAUCUAGCUGAUGUUUCUUAAGGCUCAGUUUUUAAUAACUCCUCUGCUUUCUUCCCCAUUACCUUUUUGUUGUUAACUGAGUCACCAAUGCUGUAUCAUUCCCCCCAUUCUGUAUUUUGCUGCUUGUAACCUUGUGGCAAUGUUUAACUUUUCUUAUCUUUCAUAUUUAGUUUUGUAGUGUGGUUAGGUUGAGGUUCAAUUUUGGAGGAGCAAAAAUACUUCAUAAAAAAUAAUCGUUUUUACCAAAGCUGAUUUUUACCCAUUUUUCAUUAAUAUACAAACAUACUAAAGGUCAUCAUAUGAACUUCAUAUAGAGAGUUGGUUUAUAGUGCUUCAUUUGCUAUUGAAUGAUAAGUACCUUCAUUUAGAUUUCAACUGUGUAAGCUAUCAGCUAACAGAUGUUUAGCACUUCCUGUAAAUCAGGCACUAAGACUUAUCUCCCUUAAUCUCUACACAUAAAGGUAAGUGUUAUUGAUCCUUGCUUUCCCAAUAAGGCAACAGACCAUGGAGUUUAAGUAUAAUUUAGUUAAGAUUAUUCCAUGUAGUGUUUUACAUACCAUCUAAUAUAUGGAUUUAUGAUUUAAUAUAUUUUUUUCUUUAUUUUGUGCUGUACCACAAUUAGGAUGCAAAAGAAGCUGAAACCCCACGUAGUGUUCUUGAAGAGAUUGGACUGACAUAAUUCUCCUCCCUUGUUGAUGACUUCUUGUGGCAUUUCACACACUGUAGAUGGUCACUGCCUUCAUGUCCAUGUUAGCUAAUGGUGUAAGAUGUCUUGUCAGUAUUACUGUUUCACUAAGCUGCUUCAUUCAGGCCUACACAAUUUUUUUUAAAGGGAAUUUUGGUUAAUCAAUUGAUAAUUUAAGGGACUUACAUAAAUUAGAAUGAUAGAGAAAAAGAAAGGUACCUGGGUAUUUUAAGGUUUAUAGAUCUGUUUCUCUUAAUUGGAUAUCUUAUGAAAAUGACAAUCAGGUUAAAUACAUUUAUUAAUUACUGUCUUUGGCAAAGGAAACUUAAGAAGCCAAAAGCCAGUGCACUCCAGUAUAUAUGAGAAUAAAGGGAAUUGACAUAUCACAUAUCAAAUGGAUGAAAACUAUGUUGAAACUUUAAAAGAAAAACAUCAAAUUUAUACCAAAGACCCUAUUUGGAAACUACAUACCUAAAAACAAAGGGAAUACACAUAGACUAAAUUGGAAUUAUACCGUUUUACACUGAAAAUUAUUGCUUUGGCAUUCCAAACCUGGGAUGAAGAAGAGAUUGUUUGAUAAUGGUGAGCAUAUUAUUUUUAAGGCCAACGAACAUUUGACUCCUGAGACAAAUUUUGUGGUCAUAAUCUUUUAGUCACUUAGUUGGAUUUUGAUGCCCCAAAAUAAAAUAGAAUGUUGACUUGCCAGGAAUUCUUCAUGACAGAUUCUUAUGGAAAAUGUUACUCUCUUCACAAAGUGUUGACUAUGUCAUUUAAAGCACUAAGGUUCCUUCUGGGGUGCUUGUUGCAGCCAAAUUUAUUUUGCUCUCCUUAAUUGCUUCCUGCUACUUAGAAGUGCUGAAAACUUUAGGGAGCUUCCUGCCCUUCAAUAGCAUUGAGAAAUAGUUAUGAGAAAUCUUAUAAAAAUAUAAGCAUACCAUCUUUCAUAUAGAAGUGAGAGCUGAAUGAGGUAAAAUGGCAUUAGUAGGCCCUAUAUUUUUAAGAGCUAUUUCAAUGUCACUUUUAUACAUACUCCAUAUGUAAACACAUCUUCACGGUUUACACUUUCAUUUGUAUUUGCUGGGCUGGAUUAAGCUUUCUUGUGAUUGUGACCAAUAUUCAGGCCAUGUGUGCAUUGUCUCAUCACAUCGCCAAUUAGUUGUAAUAAAUGUUCAAUGUACACUCUUGUAGUGUGUUUUUAUCUAUCUCUUCCCAAAAGCUUGUCAAACUAUGGAGAGUUGCUGAAGGAAAAAUUCUAAGGUCUUUUUUCAGUAACAUUGAAAAUUCACCUCCAUUUGAAUGUGGUGGUUGUUAAAAGCACACACAAGAUAAAUGGAAGAUAUAAGGAGUCUUCAUAUACUUCAAGUUCAUUAAAAAAUAAUGUGGAUUCCAUGCUACAGAGAGCCUAUCUGCACAUUUAUUUUCAAUCAAUAAAUGCCGCUUUUAAAACCUGA